AGAGUAAAGAAAGAUCGAAAAGAAAAACACAAGGACAAGAAGGACAGGGGCAAAGAGAAGGAGAAAGAGAAAAGUAGUAUAUCGGAGGAGGCAACAGUUGCUGGGAAACUUAGGGUGAACAAUGGAGAGAAAUUUCCUACAAAAGGAGGACAUAACAAAGACACAGACAUUUUUGUGAAUGAAACAAAACGGGCUAUCCUGUUUCAGGGUCAAAAUGAGAGGAAAUAUAUUCAGAACAGUUUGCACUCCCAGGGGAUUGAGGAAUCAAAUUUUUUGCAGGAGUUGGACAGGAGAAUUAAAAAUGAUGAGAAAGCUUCAGGGAGCCAGUUGCUUGAGAGAGUUUCAGGUACGGACAAAAGGGAUCAAGAUACUGCCAUCAGUGUUGCUUUCAGAGAUUCUUCAGGUGUAUUGGCAGAAAACAAGGAAAAGUUCAAAGAUAAGAGAGUUGAUAAUAGACAAAUGGAUGUACAAGGAUUUAGCAAGGAGUUAAGUGGAAAUGCAAUGGCCCAGAACCUUUCUGGAAUUGCCAAGAGAAAAGUUGAAGAGAUGCCCAGACCAGCUGAGGAACAAAAUAAUAAGAUAUUGCCAAGUAAAGAGAAAUCUAUGGAAAAAGGUGACAAUAAUGGGGAUGACAAACAAAAGGAUAGAGAUAGAGAUCAAAAAAGUCAUAAAAUUGACAGAGAGAAGAAAAAGGAGAAAACUAAGGGUAAAAGUGAAACUAAGGAAAGCACACAGGUCAGAUCCAAAGAUGUUGGCAGGGAUGAGGUUGGUGGCGAUACCAGUUAUAAAAGUACGCAUAUAUUGGAGAGCAUCAACAGUUCUGCUGUUAGUGAGGAAAAUUCUAGGAAAAGGAAAGACUUGGAUUCCAAUGGUUUUCUCCAUGAUAGUGAAGUCAGGCAAAAUAAAUUGCAGAGGCUCACUCACCAAUUGACAGAAAAUGGAAGGAAACUCGAAUCAGCCCGAGAUCACUGUGUAUCUACCUUGGAUAAGCAGGGGUUUCCGAACAGAUUUCCAUUGGAUAACAAGGACUCAAAGGCGAAUGGUAUAAUUGAAGCCGUCAAACAGUCAACUAAACCUAAGCCUUCUGCUGUUAGUAUGUUUGGUGAUCAAAUUGUUGAAGCAUUAAAGAAAUCUCCCCUUCCUGAUGCCAAGCAUGUUAAUGGAGUACCAAACAAAUCCAUGAUGGAGGAUCAAAUUGUGGAAGCAUCAGGUAGACCCCCUCAUCCAGAUACCAGGUAUCUGAGUAAGAUACUCUCUGUGCCCAAGAUGGAGUGGCCCAAUGUUGAUGACCAGGAAUG